GGUUCGUGAGUAAUUGCAACAUGUGCAACGACGGCCAGGAGGGGGGGACCACUAAACAAGAAUGGACAUAGUAUGCAACCAAAAAAGUAGCUAACGAGGACUUCGGCCCUCGCCGUGCAUUUUCGACAGCAUGGACUGGGUUUUCUUCCGCGUCAAGCCUUUUCUUGAGUUCGCUUCCUCGCAGCAACAAACAAUUCAGUUCUUCUUCUUCACCAUCAUCGUCGCUAUAGCUUCCCACGACAAAUAUAGCUUUUUUCUUUGGGAGCUUGGCGUUUAUGGUUCCGUCCACAUCCCUCUUCGGGGUGGGAGCAGGGGCUCUCGAAUCGGCAUCCUUGUAAGUGUCCAUCUGGCGAUACACAGGGAGAUUUAGUCAGUGCUAGAAUCUUCUAAAGCGAAGGACGAACAUGAGAGAUCGAAAAGUCGUCUUAGCUACUGUAUGGAAGAAUUCGUCAAGGAUUUUCAGCCCCGCGCUAAAUCAUCUUUACAGCUGCAUGCGCAGUGCACCUCUAAUUCAAAAUCAGAGGGUAGAAUAAUACACAAAAGUAAGUUACAAUAGUAAUUAAGAUUUUAAAUCAAGAAAUUGGGAGUGACAGCGAAU